AUGUCUUCCGGCUUUGGGGUAUUUCUAGAUAUUGAAAGCUCUACCAAUAUAUCCAGUCCACCACACGCAGUUCGCAAGGACAAACAUGUCGCCACACGGACUCCGUCAGAUUACGAGCUGAAUGAAAUCCAGUUACCCAGCAAUGUAGCUGAUGUGACCUGUAAGCAAGUAACACAAUCAUCCACGGGCCCUCUUCCACCGACGCCCAGUGCAUUAGAAAGUCGGCUAUCAAAUGCCACGGACAAUGACACAGCAGCUUGGACCCCGGACCAAACAGUAAUAUCCCGGAAAACCAAAUGGCGACUACUGAGUGUCUGCCUGAUACAGUUUGGACUUGGUAUGAACGACAGUGCUCCUGGUGUAUUGAUUCCAUUCAUGGAGAAGGAAUAUGACAUCGGCUACGCUGUCGUCUCGCUCAUCUUCGUAACCAAUGCACUGGGUUUCAUCUCAGCUGCACCACUCACUCACUACAUUGAGCAUAAGCUUGGCCGAUACAAGAGCUAUGCUUUUGCCAUGUCUUUUUUGGCAGUGGCCUAUGUGAUUAUCAUAUGUCAUCCUCCAUUCCCUGUCGUUGUGAUGUCUUUCUUCAUGCUUGGAUUUGGCAUGGCCCUGAGCUUAGCCCUAAGCAAUGUGUAUUGUGCCAACCUGGCCAAUGGUACAACGGCCCUGGGCUUUGCUCAUGGCGCCUAUGGUAUAGGAGGCACGGUAGCACCCUUGUUUGCAACAGCAAUGACAUCCAGUGGGAUCCGGUGGUCCUUGUUCUACAUAAUCAGUCUAGCAGUGUGUCUGGCCAACAUUGCCUUUACAUCGUGGGCUUUUUUCAACUUCGAGAAUGACACCCUGGCUGCCCCACAGAGAGCACGCCUAGCUGGUCAUAGUUCCACCAUAGAAAGCGAACUGCUCACUCGAAGCCAAAUUUUAAAGAAAGUCAUCACCAACCGCACCACAUUAAUAGGUUCACUUUUCAUUUUUGUAUACCAAGGAGCUGAAGUGUCCAUAUCUGGAUGGGUUGUUUCUUUUCUAAUCACCUACCGCCACGGCGACCCCUCACGAGUCGGAUAUGUCAGCUCUGGCUUUUGGGGUGGUAUCACCGCUGGUCGGUUUCUCUUGACUCAUCCCGCCACCAAACUAGGUGAGAAGAUCUCUGUAGUCGGAAUGAUCGCUGGUGCCGUGGCCUUCCAACUACUGACCUGGCUCAUUCCCAACGUGACUGGGGAGGCUGUGACCGUGGCCAUUCUCGGUGUUUUACUCGGUGCUGUUUAUCCAUGUGCUACGUCUGUCUUUGUCAAGCUUUUGCCUCGGAAUAUGCAGGUAUCUAGCCUGAGUUUCAUUAGUGCAAUUGGUAGCAGUGGUGGUGCAUUAUGGCCCUUCCUCACGGGUCUUCUGGCGCAGCAUGUAGGGACGAUGGUGCUGCAUCCGAUUUGUAUCGGCUUGUAUGGCGUGAUGGCUACGAGUUGGCUUAUGCUGCCUAAGAUCUCAAAGAGAUCGGAAUAG